AUGGGUCGAUCGAAGCAGCCGCCCAUGAGGCGCGAGACGUCUUCUGAGUACUUCAACAAGAAGACGGCGAGCUGGGAGGUCACUAAGGAGAACGAGAGUGCCAACAGCAGAGACAGCGCCGAUGGAGUGACGGGGACCGAGGCAGAGACGAGCGCACCUGCACCCGCACCAGCGUCAGCGCCAGUCGAGUCUACGGCCGAAGGAUCGAGUGCGGGUGCGGUGCAGCUUGUGAUCUCCGUUGUGGGCAUCUAUGCAUCUUUCCUGACAUGGGCUUACCUCCAGGAGAAGCUGACGACGACGCGACACGGACCGGUGGACGCGCCGGAAGUAUGGCACUUCCCCGUCUUCCUCAACACGAUCCAGUCGGCAUUCGCGGCAGUGGUGGGCAGCGUAUACCUGUUCGCGUCGACGGGGCGCGGGCAGUCGGUGGCGCCCAUCAUCCCGUCGGCGGGGAUCCUGGCACCUCUGGCCCUGGUGGCCGUGACGAGCAGCCUCGCCAGCCCGUUCGGGUACGCCUCCCUCGCACACAUCGACUACAUCACCUUCCUGCUGGCCAAAAGCUGCAAGCUCCUCCCCGUCAUGGUCCUGCACGUGGCCGUGUUCCGUCGCCGGUAUCCCCUGUACAAGUACCUCGUCGUGGCGGCCGUGACGGCCGGCGUGGCCAUCUUCACCCUCCACUCCAGCGGCGGCAAGCAGAAGAAGGCCAGCUCGGCGGGUGGAGGUGCGGAUGUCAAUGCGAACUGGGGCAUCUUCCUGCUGUCCAUCAACCUCCUCUUUGACGGCCUGACAAACUCCACCCAGGACUACAUCUUCCAGUCCUACCGCCCCUACUCGGGCCCCCAGAUGAUGUGCGCGAACAACAUGAUGAGCACCCUCGUCACCGGGCUCUACCUCGUCGCGAGCCCCUACCUCGUCGCCACGGGGCUGGGCGAGUGGAUCGGCAUGGACGUCGCCGGCACCGCCGGUGAGAUGUCCGCCGCCCUCGACUUCAUGGCCAGGUAUCCCGCCGUCUGGAAGGACGUUCUCGGCUUUUCCAUAUGCGGUGCCGUCGGUCAGGUCUUCAUCUUCUACACCUUAUCGACCUUCUCGUCCGUCCUCCUCGUAACCGUAACCGUCACCCGCAAAAUGUUCACCAUGAUCCUCUCCGUCCUGGCCUUUGGCCACCGCCUCACGCGCAUGCAGUGGGUUGGCGUCGCCCUCGUCUUCGGCGGCAUCGGCGUCGAGGCCGCCAUCGCCCGCAAGGAGAAGACGGCUAAGGAGGCUGCCAGGCGCGCUGACAAGCAUGCCAAGAAGCAGUGA